UCAGAAGAAAUGUCAAUCAUUAUUUGUAAAUGUCAAAUGAAAUUUCGAAAAUCAAUAUGUCAUAAACUCUAGCUAAAUAUCUUACAAAAUCGACAUGACACUGCCAGGGCCUUCAAAGGUUUCGCCAUUGAUCAGAUUUUUCCGAUACACGUUCCUUAUUGCUGGAAUAAUAUAUGGGGCGACAAGAUAUAAAGUUUUGCAUUUAAAAGAAGCAAAUAGAAAAGAAGAAAAGGAACGUUUGAAAGCUGAGAGAGACGCUAAAAUCGCAAUGGAGAAACGUAUAGCUUCCGAGAAAGACAUUGCCCAAAUUGUUGCGAUUUUUUCAGAAGAACCAAAACCCAAGUUCAAAGUGGAAGAACAAAGUUAUGAAAAUGCUGAAAAAGAAGAUAGCAAAGCUUGCUUGCCAGGACAAAACAAAAAUAAAGUUGAGCAGCUUAUAAGUGAUGAAGAUUCCACCGCUUCUCCAGACAAUCAAUGCCAAAUGUUUUCCAAACCUAUUGAUUUUAGUGAUCAUCCUACUAUUCGUAAUCCCAAUUCGGAAAGAAAAUAUACGCUUACUCCAUUACCAAGCAAAGAACCUGACAGAGAUGUUGAAGCUGAAGGGAACAAUGAAUAUUUUGUGGAAACAUUCAAAAAUGGGGUUCCUUAUGCUGAUCCUCAGAAUGACCAGUAUGAUUUCAUUCCAAAAGAUAAUAAAUGAUCGAUUUAAACAAGAUAAAAUGCUCAGAUUUUCCUCGAUUACUUUCUAGAAUAAUUAUUUGAUCAGAAGUACCCAAGUGUUUAUGAGAUUUUUGUAAAAUGUGUAUCAAAUAUGAAGUAAAAUACUAGAAAUCAUUUUCUA